AUGUACCUAACACCAGACUGGGAGGCAAACAACUAUGGAGAAACAGCAUUUUUUGAAGAAAUUUUAUCCAAAGAUGGCCAGCCAUUCCCUCCAGGCAAACAGCAGUACGAGUGGAUUGCAUCUGUGCGCCCGCGGUAUGGCAGAAUUGUAAUAUUCCGCGGUAUCAUCCCUCAUUCUGCUAGGCCACCAAGUCCUGGCUUCAGUGGAGCGCGAUAUACUUUUGCAUGCAAGGUGAGUGAAGAUUAAGUAAUAUUUAAAGGGGCUCCGUCACGGCUGUCAAGUUUGUUUUUUUAAUUAUGCCAACUACACGUCUUUGUUCGAUAUGGAACUUAAGGAAUUACUUGUGAAUGACAAAACCACAGGUUCGAGUCGAAUGUUCCCAAGCAUUAUAUAAUAUCAUAUCAAAAAGUACAAACAUUAACCACAAAGGACUGCAAAGGACCGCAAACGAAUAUGCCGAAGAAUGUCGGAUCUAUAAAGACCUGAUCAGCAAAAAUGAAAAGUAGACAUAUUAAUUUCUGCAAGCAGAAUACUACAAUGCUGAUCGUACUACGUGAAAAUUAACUCUGCAAGACACCAACACGACACCGAAAGAGCUCAAAACAGAGCGGGAUUGUAGCCAUAGACAGCUGUUACCCCUCUUUGUGGCUCGUUAGUAUGGCGUAACAACCAGAGAAAGCUCUGAUGAAAAAUAUCCACGCACUCUGAUUUAAGCCCUGACCUAGAAUCCUCAACAUAUCAAGAGUUACUAUCAAUGAAAGUGAACUUUGAAAGACUGUUACACCAUGAUAGUUUUCAAAAACCAACAAUUGCAAUCCGUUUCAAUCUUCUUCAAGUUUAUCCAUCAAUACCUUCUUUUGUAUUUGCUGUGUCAUUUAUAACUUCUUUCAAUGUUUUUCUUCGCCCAAUUUAGUGGCAGUUGCCAACGUGACAGAGCUUCUUUUUGCACUGGCCAAUUUUUCUUGAAACUUGUUUUGAAUUUUAUUCUGCGAGCAGAGGUUUCUUUUCAGCAUGGCUUUUAGCGUUUACUAAGUCGUUCCUGACUGUCUUCGUAAACGCAAAAAGCCAUUCAAGAAAGAAACUUCUGCUCGCAUGGUAGUUGCUUGAGACAUUCAGUGUAACUCCCCGCCCCUUCUCCCCCUUGCAGUUUUUCUUGUAAGGAGUAAACUAUUUAUUUCAUUGUUGCCAAAAUCAUUGUGAAAAGUAGGGCUUGAUUUUUCCUAAUUCGCUCGCAACAGUAGUGUUGCAAGACGUGUUCUUCAGAACAUGAAAUUUGGCCUUCAUUUUUUUGGCACUUAGGCAAUCAAAUUCUGUACAUUAUUAGCCAAAUUGGCGACUAGACUUCUUCAUCACACCCUUGUUAAAAAAAUGAAGAUAAAUCUUAAGCAAAAAUGGGCGCCCAAAGCUCGUUGUUUGUGUCAGAAAAUCGCCACAUAAUGAUUUCUAGUGACAAUAAAAAAUAUCUUACGUCUCUGUUACGGUCAACGACUUCUCGGCUAAAUUUGUAACUACACAUACAGGUCUCCCGCACCUAUCGGCUUGCAAUUUCCAAGGCCUUACGUGAAACUCUGGAAUAUCUGAGUAGCGACAAUGAAGAAAAUGUCGACGAUCCAGUUGUUUUCGAGUUGCUAGAAGAAAUGUCAGAUGACGAAGAGAUCGGCCCCGGCCGACCCACCGAGUAUAUUGAGGAACAGCUGGAAAAAUAUCGGCAGAAAAAGAAAGAAUUUUACGAGGACACCAAGAAGAUGACCAUUGAGCAGCUUAUUAAUCCUCAAGGACAAGUUAAGGAUGAGCUUUAA